CUCUGGUUUCAAUUGUCUCAAUUCUGACAGGUUGGGGUCACCUUUGAGGACAUUGCCCUGUACUUCUCCAGGGAGGAAUGGAGCCUCCUUGAUGAGGGUCAGAGACAGCUGUACCUGAAUGUGAUGCUGGAGAACUUUGAACUUAUAUCCUCCCUGGGUUGCUGCUGUGGAGCAGAGAAUGUGGAGGCACCUUUUGAAGAGAACAUUUCUAUAAGAGUGUCACAGGCAAUGAAUGCCAAGUUAGCUUUGUCUUCCCAGAAGAGCCACCCCUGUGAGAGUUGUGGAUUAGUUUUGAGAAACAUUUUCCACUUGACUCAUCAGCAGGUAUUACAACACAGGCAGAUACUGUUGAGGUGUGGGGCAUGUGCAAAACAAUUUUAUUUCAGUGCACAGUUUCACCAGCACCAGCUGCAGUACUUGAGAGAGAAGCCUUUGAUAAGAGGUGUGAACAGUGUCUCACUUGAAAACAGCUGCAAUUUCAAUGUGUUUCAGAACCUUUUUACCUGUGGAGAGGUGGAGCAGGACAUCCUUAGCAUGGCAGGCCAUUUCCAGCAAAAGGAUACUCAGAUCAGUGACAAGCCAAAUGGUAUCUCAAUGUGUGGGGUGACAUAUCAAGGGAAAAAUAAUUAUUUUACUACAAAAGAAAGUAAGAAAGCCAUUGGCUAUAACUACACGUGUAUUUGGGACAACGGUGUCCCUACUGGCAAAGCAUAUUUCUGUUGCCGUGAAUGUGGAAAAUAUUUUGCCCAAUUUUCUACUUUUUGUUACCAUCAGAGAUUUCAUGCAGAAAAACAGCUUUAUGAGCACAGUGAAUUUGGGAAUUCUUUUACCAGUAUUACUGGCCUCCUUUCUCAUCAGAGUUGUCACAAAGGUGAAAGGCCUUAUCAAUGUAUUGAAUGUGGAAAAUCUUUUACCAGGAUGUGUUUUCUUCGUGAUCAUCAGAUAGUUCACACUGGAAAAAUGCCUUAUGAGUGCAGUGAAUGCGAAAAAUCUUUUACCUGUAAAAGUGGCCUCCGUUACCAUCAGAUGAGAGUUCACACUGGAGAAAGGCCUUAUGAGUGUAAUGAAUGUGGGCAAUCUUUUGUCAGUAGUAGUGGCUUCCGUUAUCAUCAGAAAUUGCACACUGGAGAAAGGCAUAAGUGCAAUGAAUGUGAGAAAUCUUUUAACAGUAUCUAUCAUCUUCGUUAUCAUCAGAGAGUUCAUACUGGAGAAAGGCUUUAUGAGUGCAGUGAAUGUGGGAAAUCAUUUGUUCAGAAACAUGGCUUCCAAUGUCAUCAGAGAAUUCACACUGGAGAAAAGCCUUAUGAGUGUAGUGAAUGUGGGAAAUCAUUUACUCGGAAUAAUGUCCUUAAUCGUCAUAAGAGAAUUCACACUGGGGAAAAGCCUCAUGUGUGCAGUGAAUGCGGAAAAUCUUUUACCUGUGGAAGUAGCCUUCGUUACCAUCAGAUGGGAGUUCACACUGGAGAAAGGCCUUUUGAGUGCAAUGAAUGUGGAAAAUCUUUUACCAGUAGUAGUGCCUUCCGUCGUCAUCAGAAAAUUCACACUGGAGUAAGGCCUUAUGAGUGCAACGAAUGUGGAAAAUCUUUUAUUAGUGGUAGUAGCUUCCGUCGUCAUCUGAGAGUUCACACUGGAGAAAAGCCUUAUGUGUGCAGUGAGUGUGGGAAGUCUUUUACCACCAAGUAUUGCCUUAAUUGUCAUGAGAAAACUCACACUAGAGAAAGGCCUGAUGAGUGUAGUUAAUAUGGGAAAUCUUUUAUCCAAAAUUCUAACCCUACUCCCCACAUAAGAGUUCACAUUGGAGGAAGGUCUUGGAUAUGUAGGAAAUGUAGAUUUUUUUUGUUCACCCAUAGCAAUACUAUAAGAAAUUCCAUGAAGCCCUAGUUGUCUGAACUGAAUCUCAUACACUGCAACAUCAAGCGUAGUGAGAUUCCCAAUAAAUUUGAGUGCUGUGAAAAUCA